AUGCCCCCGGAAGGCAACACGUCCAGCUCCAGCGGCAACCAGGGCAGCUCAGAGACGCAGAGCAGCGGUCUCGGCGCCCAAGGCGCCGCCGUAGCGACGGGAUGUGCGACUAUGUGUGUUUCGACCGUGGCGGGUGCAUGUUCGCCUUGCUGCUGCAAUAUCUCUUGA